GCCAUGAUCAUUUGCCUCGCACCCUCUAUCGGAUCUGAGCUGCAGAUCCACCUCCGUAAUAAUCAAAGCCAAUACAAGUUCCAAGCUUUCUGUCAUGGACCCGGCCUCUCGCCCAGCUGUUGUCAUCGACAAUGGAAGUGGGUAUACUAAAAUGGGUUUCGCGGGAAAUGUCGAGCCAUGUUACACUGUUCCGACUGUAGUUGCAUUAAACGAAUCGUUUUUGAAUCCGUCCAGAACCUCCUCCAAGUCCGGCUGGAUAGCGCAGCACAAUGCUGGCGUGAUGGCUGAUCUUGAUUUCUUUAUUGGGGAUGAGGCGCUGGAAAAAUCUCGAUCUAGCACAACUUACAAUCUAAGCUAUCCCGUUCGACAGGGCCAAGUCGAGAAUUGGGAUUCAAUGGAGCGGUUCUGGCAGCAAAGUAUAUUUAAUUACUUGCGUUGUGAUCCUGAAGACCAUUAUUUUCUUUUAACUGAGAGUCCGCUUACUGCCCCGGAGAGCCGGGAGUACACGGGUGAAAUCAUGUUCGAAACUUUCAAUGUUCCUGGCCUUUACAUUGCCGUGAAUUCGGUACUUGCUCUUGCAGCUGGUUACACUGCCUCCAAGUGUGAGAUGACAGGGGUUGUAGUAGAUGUUGGAGAUGGGGCAACUCAUAUUGUUCCUGUUGCAGAAGGUUAUGUUAUUGGGAGCAGCAUCAAGUCAGUUCCUAUUGCCGGGAAAGAUGUCACUCUCUUCGUCCAGCAGCUUAUGCGGGAAAGAGGAGAGAAUGUGCCACCAGACGACUCCUUUGAUGUAGCUCGCAGAGUGAAGGAAAUGUAUUGCUAUACUAGUUCUGAUAUUGUCAAGGAGUUUAAUAAGCACGAUAAGGAACCAUCCAAGUAUAUUAAGCACUGGAGAGGCAUUAAACCAAAAACAGGGGCGCCCUACUCUUGUGACAUUGGCUAUGAACGAUUUCUUGGCCCAGAGAUUUUCUUCAAUCCCGAGAUUUAUAGCACCAACUUCACCACUCCGUUACCUGCUGUAAUUGACAAGUGUAUUCAGUCUGCUCCAAUUGACACUAGGAGGUCUUUGUAUAAGAAUAUAGUGUUGUCUGGAGGUUCAACCAUGUUCAAGGACUUCCAUAGGAGGUUGCAACGGGAUAUAAAGAAGAUUGUGGAUGCCCGGCUUCUUGCAUCUGAAGCUCGAGUUGGUGGAGAAGUAAAAUCACAUCCAGUGGAAGUGAAUGUAGUUAGCCAUCCCAUCCAGAGAUUUGCAGUUUGGUUUGGUGGCUCAGUACUUGCAGUCCACACCUGAAUUCUUUGCGGCUUGCCAUACAAAAGAAGAGUACGAGGAAUACGGUGCAAGCAUAUGCAGAACAAAUCCUGUUUUCAAGGGGAUGUAUUGAUUCAGAUAUCGAUUUUGGCUGGAUCACUUGCUGGCAAUUCCUGAUUCAAAUUGGAAUUCCGUGUCAAUUCCACCUCUGACAUGCUCAGUAAUUUUACUUCCUGAAUUUUUCACGGUAUCAUCUCUAUGCAUGUGCUGCUAGAGGCGGUGUAAAAUAUAGUUACUCAGUUAAAUUGUAGAGAAAUGGGGUUUUCUUUUUGUAGUGAUUAUUUCUUUAGGUGGCAAUAGGUCUCUCAGAAGCAGAUCGGAAAUAGCCUUUGCAGUUUUCGCACGUCCAAGGGCCCUGGAGGAUCAGAUAUGAAUCGUGAAUCGGCUCAGGUGCAGUUUUGAUGUUCAGCUUAGAUAGAGUUUGUUUAAGAUCAUUAGCCGUUGAAGUUUUUUCUCGAGCGAUAUAACAGCGUAGUGCAUUUCGGGUUGGCAGUUCGAUUCUUUUGGAAUGGAUUUGUGGUAGCACAAUAACUUCUCAUUUGAGCUGAAUGUAUUUCGAUUACAAGACAGAUGUUACAGGAUUGUGUAUAAAUUCCUUUUGUUAAACGAUGUUCACGUUGAAGAAAUCUAUGUGUAUAAACUCCAAGCAACCUCUACUACGUUAACUUCUGAAAGGCAUUUCGUUUUUUCUUUUCCAAA